AUGGACCUCAUUAAGAGAAAAGUACUGGAUAUCAAAGGUGGAGUUGCAGUAAGAAGGGUCAUCGGAAAUUGUGUUUCUUGUCGAAAGCGAAAUGCCCGCCCUGGAAAACAAUUUAUGGCAGAUCUACCUUCCUGUCGACUGAAAUCGGAUGAACCAGUGUUCAGUCAUGUUGGUGUUGAUCUAUUUGGACAUUUUCUUGUUCGACAGGGAAGGAGUGAUGUGAAAAGAUGGGGUUGUGUGUUCUCGUGUAUGACAACUCGUGCUGUUCACAUCGAGGUGGUAAAUAGUUUGUCUGCUGAUUCUUUCAUAUGUGCACUCCGACGAUUUAUUGCUCGAAGGGGUCAUUGUACUCAUAUAUAUUCGGACAAUGCUGGUAAUUUUGUAUUGGCAGAGAAAAUACUUGAAAAUUCCUUGAAGAUAUGGAAUGAUUCUCAAAUUCAUGGAUACUUACGUCAAAAGGGGAUAACAUGGCAUAAAUCACCGCCUACAGGUUCAAAUCAUGGAGGUGCAUGGGAACGAAUGAUUCGGUCAAUUCGUCGAAUUUUCAAUGCUGUUACUCAGGGUCAAACUAUGACAGAUGAAGUUUUUAGGACCGCCUUGAUCGAGUGUGAAUCAUGCUUGAACAGUCGUCCAAUAAUUCCUGUAACAUUUGACCCACGGGAUGAAGAGCCUUUAACGCCGAAUCACUUGUUAUUACUUCGGUCAAAUCAAAAUGUGCCUCCUGGAGUUUUUGACAAGAAUGAUUGCUAUGUUAAACGUCGAUGGGCACAAUCUCAAUAUCUCGCAAAUGAAUUUUGGAGAAGAUGGAUUCGAGAGUAUCUGCCUACGAUUAUUGAGCGACACAAGUGGUUUCAGAAAGAGAGAAAUUUCAAGAAAGAAGAUGUUGUCCUGGUGGUAGACGAUUCUCAACCUCGAUCAAGAUGGGCAAUGGGAAGAAUCGUGGAUGUGUAUCCAGACAAGAAGGGACUGAUACGAACAGUGCUUGUUAAAAUUCGUAAUAGCUUGGUAAAGCGUCCCAUCACCAAGCUAGUUCUUGUUGUUGAAGGCACUAAAUGA